AUGUUUAACGAUGGGGAAACAAUAGGCGUGAGCAAGGUAAAUCCAUCUUUGCAAGAACUGAAGCAUUUGCAAUACGCCCCUGUGCCUAAAAUGAUCGCUUCACUAGUCCACUUGGAAUAUCUCAACCUAUCUUAUGCCAUGUUCGAUGGACUGAUUCCUCCUCAGCUGGGGAACCUCUCAAACCUACACUAUCUCGACCUUCAGGGAUGGCACAGUUUAUACAUCGAUAGUCUUGAUUGGCUCUCCCGUAUUCCUUCUCUGAAAUAUCUUGACAUGAGUUAUGUCAACCUCUCCGAGGCAACCAAUUGGUUCUACAUAAUUAAUUCAAUCCCCACACUUGAAGUGCUACAUUUGUUUUAUGUAUACCUGCCAUAUGUUCCAUCUCCUUUGCCCCCUUUUAAUCUGACAACCAUCGCUACUUUGGAUUUGUCUUGGAAUUCCAACAUCCCGUCUGCCAUGCUAAGAUGGCUUUCUAACGCCACCAGCCUCGAGUACCUCCUUCUUUCUGGCUGUCGGAGUCUCACUAUCGAGUCGGUGCAAGUUGCUCUAGGAGCUCUCAGUAAUCUGAAGGAGUUGGAUUUGUCGUACAACUCCCUUGAAGGAACAAUUCUUGGAAUUCUGAACAAUGUCAGUAGCAAGGGCCUGAAGCACUUGGAUUUGAGCUUCAAUCAAUUAUCUGGAGAUAUUCCUCCAGGGAGCCUUAGAGACCUGGAGUACCUUGACUUAUCAUGGAAUUCUAUUGUCACUCUUCAUAUCUUAGCUUCUCUGGGGAAUCUCACAAACUUGCGACAUUUAGACUUGUGGGGCAAUUCAAUCAGUGGAGAAAUUCCACCAACCGUAGGAAAAUUUGUCCGAUUGGAGUACCUAGAUUUGUCCUAUACUGGCAUCAACGGAAAAAUACCAGAGAGCAUCGGCAACCUCACCAACUUGAUAAUCUUAGAUUUAUCAUACAACAAUAUCGUCGGAAGUAUUCCAGAGACUUUUGGUGCUCUCAUCCGUAUGAAGCUAUUAUAUCUCGAUGACAAUCAAAUUUCUGGAGAAAUACCAGCAACCAUUGGGGGUCUCCAAAACCUGCUUGAGUUGAUUUUAAAAGGCAACUCAUUUACUGGACAAAUACCUAAUACGAUUGGCAGACUCCAUAGUUUGAAGUGCUUGGACAUAUCAAAUAAUAAUUUAUCAGGAGCAAAAUUUCCUGAUUGGAUUCAGACUCAACAGCGAUUGCAAGGGCUUUAUCUAUCUGGAGUUGGGGUCUCAGGCAAAAUACCCACGAGUGGUCAAUUGUCGACCUUUGACUCGUGGACAUAUGUGGGCAAUAAAGACCUCUGUGGUACGCCACUGCCGGAUUGCCCUGUUUAUCAAACUCCACCUGACGCACGAGUCAAACAAGAAAAAGAAGGUGAAGACGAUGAGAAGCUCCAAAAAUUAUUGGAGUACAGCAGUAUUGUGAUUGGCUUUUGGCUGUUUAUUGAAACACUCAUCGUGAAACAGGCCAUCAGAGUUGCUUUCUUCCGAUGGAUCGACGACACCAGCGACUGGAUCUAUGUUCAGUUUGCGGUAAAGCUUGCGAGGCUCAAAUCCAAAUGGCAAACGAUAACAUGA